AGCCGGAAAGGACAAACCUUGCUCUGAUGCGCGUCCCACGUGUUCGUACGAUUUGUUGACACUUACCCAGAGCAAGUACUGCUUCAUCUUUCACGAGCAUAGAAACUUGUUUUCCGGAUAACAUACUUCUGCUAUUCACUCAAAAUGAGCACAAAGACAAACGGGGAAGAAGACGAAGAUCGUGCCUUUCUUGAACGCGUUCUGGAUAGCCUGUAUGACUUCGGUUAGUGCAGCGAGCUAGCAGGCUGACUAGCUUCUUUAUGGGUCUGAUGUUUCUUUUACAAAGCUGUUGUGAUAAUUUAACUCCUGAAACGUCCUAAAACGCUUUCUUAUUUGUUAUGGCAUUUAAAAUUAUAAUAUACGUACGCUUAUUGUCGCCAGCAUCCAGUAGGCUAAACAUUACCAAGAGCUAACCGUUGGACGGUGUUAUAGCUUAACGUGUGACCAUGUUAUCUGGUAACUAUUAAACGAAUGUAGGCCUUGUUUUCUGUUUAAGGCGCAUUUGAUAAGUUCAUUUUAAAGUUAACAAAAACUAAACCAGGAUUUGAAGACUCUCUAAAUAACAGUUCUACUUAGUAAAUUGUGGAAAUAUUAACUUCGACAAGCACAUUUGGUCGGAGGUCGUCAGUUAACACGGUCAAUCUUUAAACCAAAACACCAUUCCAGUGGUUAUCAAACGCUCACCUUUUCUGAAACUUAUAGAGAAAAUUUGACAUUUUCUUUGCCAAAGGUACAUCACUUAUAUGCUUUCAAACGCCUUAGAGUUAUACAUACUCUACUUACCAACGACUUAAGUUAAAAAAUCUCUUAUUUGCAAGUAAAAAAAAAGCAUUCAUCAUGACAUGAGUUUAACAGUCCCUCCCAGCUUUUAUUUUGUUAAAUUUCUUCACCAAAUGUCGAAAUCUUACCAGUUCUGUUGUUUGCAGUUACUAACCAACAUAUUGUCAUUGCAUACUUGUGUUGUGAAUGUUUAUCUCUGCCUUUACCCUACAUACAGUUGAAACCAGAAGUUUACAUAAAUUAUAUAAAAAGGCACAUAACCUUUUUUUACUCACCUUCCAACAUUAAUUCAGAUUAAACUGUUACUGUUUUUGGUCAAGUAAGAUUACCAAAAUUAUUUUUAUUUGCUAAAUGCCAAAAUAAUUAGAGAGAGAAUUUUUCAGACAAUUUUUUAUUAUUUUCCUGAGAGUCAAAAGUUUACAAACACUAAGAUGACUAUGCCUUUAAACAAUUUGGGAAAGUCCAGAUGAUGAUAUCAAGUCUUUGGAAGCCUCUGAUAGGCUUAUUGACAACAUUUGAAUUAAUUAGAGGCACACCUGUGGAUGUAUUUUAGGGCACACCUGAGACACACUGCUUCUUUGUGUAACAUCAUGGGAAAAUCAAAAGAAAUCUGCCAAGAUAUCAGGAAAAGAAUUGUGGACCUACACAAGUCUGGUUCAUCCUUGAGUGAAAUUUCCAGAUUAAUGUGCUUUGGUCUGAAAUGUGAAUAUCAAUUCAAGAACAUCAGCAAAAGCCCAGCAAAAAGUGAAGAUGCUGGCUGAAGCUGGUACGAGUGUAUCAUUAUCAACAGUGAAACAGGUCCUGUACCGACAUGGGCUGAAAGGCCACUUUUCCAGGAAGAAGCCAUGACUCCAAAAGAAACAUAAAAAGCCAGAUUACAGUUUGCAAAUGCACACAGGGACAAAGGCCUUAAUUUUUGAAGACAUGUCCUGUGGUCUGAUGAAACUGAAAUGGAACUUUUUGGCCAUAAUGACCAUUGUUACAUUUGGAGGAAAAAAGGGGAAGCUUGCAAGCCUGAAAACACCAUCCCAAGUGUAAAAUAUGGGGGUGGCAGCAUCAUGUUGUUUUGCAGCUUCACAAAAUAGAUGGCAUCAUGAGGAAAGAACAUUAUGUGGAAAAACAGAAGCAACAUCUCAAGACAUCAGCCAGGAAGUUAAAGCUUGGGCGCAAAUGGGUUUUCCAAAUGGACAGUGAUCCUAAGCAUACUGCCAAACUGGUUACAAAGUGGCGUAAGGAUAACAAAGUCAGUGUUUUGAAGUGGCCAUCGCAAAGCCCUGAUCUCAAUCUUAUUUAAAAUUUAUGGGCAGAACUGAAAAGUCAUGCGCAAGCAAGGCGGCCGACAAACUUGGCUCAGCUACACCAAGUCUGUCGGGAGAAAUGGGCCAAAAUUCCUGCAAACUAUUGUGAGAAGCUUGUGGAAGCAUAUCCAGAGCAUUUGACCCGAGUCAUAAAGGGCAGCGACUGAAUACUAAUGAAAUGUAUGUAAACACCAAAAACAGGAAAACAUCUAAUCUGAUUUAAUGUUGGACAGUAAGGGAAAAAAGGUUAUGUGCCUUUUUAUAUAGUGUAUGUAAACUUCUGGUUUCAACUGUAUAUAAACAUGUAUACACUGAUAAGCCAUAGUAUUAUGAUCACUGAAAGAGCCAACAGAACAGCCACUUGGGCUCAAACUGCUAAACACAUUAAUGCUGGUUUUGGUAGAAAGCUCUCAGGACUGCAGUGAAAUCAAAAGAUCUACUUCAUGCUCAUGUUGUGUGAUGUUGUGCAGGUAAUGGACCAGCAUCAAAGAAGAAAAACAAGUAUCAGAAGAAGAAAAAACGACAAAGAUGUGACGAAGAAGAGGAGGAAGGCUCCCCUGCAACUGCAAAUACCUGCAGUGGCGCUGAAGACAACAGAGCACAUCAUGUCAGUGCUGAAAAACAGCAGCAACAAACAAACUCUGAACAAACAGGUUGGUAGAAGUAUUACAACCACAGUAAUGUGUAACAGAUGUACAUUUUAUUGACUCACGUUGUUCACUGAGACCUUUCUUAUUCUUCAGGUCAAACCACGCCGCAGGUAAAGGUGGUGACAUUUCAGGAUCCCAGGAAGAAACAGAAAACAAACAAAAUGGCAGCCCCCGAGAAAAAACCUGUAAGCUUAUGCUGCUUUAUCUUACUCUGAAUCCUUUAUCGGUAGCUGGUGAGGCUGAUAAAAGUACAUGUAAGACUCAUGAUUGGAGCCAAAUCCUAUUAGGAGGUGUAAUAAUAAGGGUUCUUGACCAUCCUUUCAACUAUUGCAGGAUUUAAAAAAACACACAAAAACAAAAUAGCUCUCGAAAAAAUGAUCUUCAGCAUCUAAAAUUUGACACUAUGUUCUGAUUUUGUGUGUCAUUAGUAUAGGGUUGUAGCUUUUGAAUGUUUACAGCUCAUGAAAAGCAUUGCUUGACUGGAAAAAAGUAAUAAUGACACAAUUAUAAGUCAGAAAAAGAGAGUAGAUACCAGAGGGGAAAAUACAGCUAUGAUCUCUUAGCCUCCUGUUAAGCAAACAUUUUUACCUUCCCCUCUUUUAGACCACUUUCUCCUAUUUGACAUUUUUAAAUCUCACCUCCUUCAUGGUCUGUGUGACCCCAAGACUUCCUCCUCUGUUUGUGUUCUUCCUGUCAUGAUUCAUUCACUUCACUUUUUCCCUCUCCUCUUGUCUUUGUUGCCUCUGGGUGCUCGCUGUCCUCACUUUAAGGCUCUUCAGACAACGGAGAAGAAGGAAAGCAGCCAGUCGGAAGAACUGAGUUUAGAAAAGGUGACGGUUUUAUCACAUUUGUCUCUUUUUAUGUUGUUGAUGUUCAGUGCAGGAUUGAAACUGUUGAUGUGCUACCGUUUCUGCUCCUUUACAGUUGGGUGUUUAUUUUUUUGGAUAUGUCUGUGAUUGAAUGCUGGAUUGAAAAUAAUUAUCACUCAUUUAAAACUGUCUCCUAUCUUAAAACUGUGUUUUUGUACCUCUUUUCCAGGCUCGUCUUGAGGUCCAUCGGUUUGGGAUCACCGGCUAUAAAAAAGAGCAACAGCGUGUUUUUGAGCAGGACAGAGCCGUCAUGCUGGGAGCCAGAGUAAGAACGAAUGUAUAUUUAAUAAACACUGAACAGUUGAGCAGUUCAGACAUUUACAACACCAAGUGACCAACUCACAACUUGUGUCUUUAACAGCCUCCUAAGAAGGAGUACGUGAACUACAAGGUGCUGCAGCAGCAAAUCAAGGAGAAGAAGCUGAAAGCAAAGGAGGAGGUUAACCCGGUAAGAGCUGCAAAGUCACUCAGUCUGAAGAGUUUAAAGCUGCAAUGAGGAGUUUUAAAGGUGUCGUGAAAUUGAUGGUUACAACAAAGAAGGCAGGCUGUUUGCUCAGAAUGUUUGGCUGCCAUGCUGUCCAUCUUAAACCUGUAAAACUUAUCAGAGACGGAGUCCCAGCAAAAAAUAUGGUCAUCACAGUUGAUUAAAUUUGUCUUUUAAUGUUAUUCUGACUUUAUUUUAAGACACUUUGCAACACUCAGCUUUAGUUAGCUUCCUUCAGAAGCCCGACGCAUCAACCUGCUUGAGGAAGACAGGAAGUCAGACACCAAAACAACAUUUAAACAUCCAGUUCAUUUUUCAAAAUAAGACGCUGUGUGUCGGCGCAAGUUUAACUAAUCCAAUUAACUUUCAUAGUGAGCAGAGUCAGGCCUGGAGUCAACAAGUCAGAGGUUUUCAGAGCUCAUUGUGAAAUGCAGAAAUCCUUUGUUUGUUCAGAUACGCUGCUCAGUGUUGUCCUUUAAAAAUGCAGCUGGUGGAUUUCGAUGGCUGAGAGAGAGAGAGUACAGAGCCAAUCUGGAUUAGAGCACAAGUAGACCAAACACAAAGUACACAUUGUUUUAUUUAUCAAACAAGUGUCUUUCUUCCUGUAAAAGCCUGUUUUUAUUUCUCUGCAGGAGCUGAAGAAAAAGAAGAAAAAGGCCAAUCAAAAGUGAGUAAAGCAGCUAUUUUAACUCUUUAUAUCUGUCCAUAAGUAUCUGUGGGGUUUGAUGACUCAUGUUUACAGGGUGAUAAGAUUGCUUUUUCUUAUCAGUGUCCUUAAAUCUGUAUUUUAUCUAAAUAUUGUGCACAUUUAUCUCUUUAUUAUUUUUAACAUCAGUAAGCUCAACAAACAAACAUUCUUAGAGGUGUUGUUGUUGCAUUUUAGAAGUUAAAAUCUGUGUUUUUUUUCACUAGGGACAAAAGUAAGAAAGUCUCCUCAGGUCCAGGGACAGCCCCCUCGGGUCAAGUGGGCCGCUUCAAGAACGGCAUGCUGAUCCUCAGCUCCAAGGAGAUCCAGAAAAUCAAAGGCAAGAGGAGCAAAUAGGUGUGUGAGUGUGUCUGUGUACUUCAAACGUGACGUCCUCAAAAGAAAGGAGACGUGUUAGGACUUCUGUGGAGGCUUGGAGCCAGAAUUAAAUCCUCCAGAACAGAAGAAGAAGAUUUAUCAGACUGUCAGUGACUCAGCUUUCUGCUGGAUCACGAAGAGGUACACGAGAGCGGAAACAACCUGAGCUCUAAGACUUAUUCUCAGAGGAUGUCGCUGUGACAGAGAGCUGAGUCAUGAAUCCAAUGCAUUGAUCUCCCAGAUGGACCCUGAACGCACCAUCUGGCUGGAUGUAAAUGCACCAAACUGGAGUCGAACCGUUCUUCCAUCACAGUUAAUUUAUUUUGUUUUAUAAAUGACAAAAAAAGACAAUUGCGUUUCUCGUGUUUACACUGUAAAGGUUUGAAAAUUAUGCAGUUACAAUGCAUUUCUCAUAUACAAACCAUGUAGUCGUACAAAACAGUUACAUUUACAUCGGCAAGAAGAAGAGGGGAGGGGGUCAUAACAGGACAGAUGAGGGGGGUCAUUAAAAAAUGGAGUCACAUAAAGUCUUGGCAGAAGUUUUCAUGACAAAAACACAGACACGCUCCGAAUGAAGAAAGCUUUUUCCCUUUAUAUAAACCUUUAUAUACACGACGUUUUCACAGCUUCAAGAAGCUGGAUGCUCUCUAAAUGUAAACGUGACCAAGUUCUCCAGAUCCAGGUUUGUUUUAUUGAUUAAAGGGAUGAAUUAUGAGCGACGUAGAUGAUAACAGCGAAACAAGAGGUGAGAUCUGGCAGUGUGCGGCUGGGUGAGGUCACAAUUCUCACACCGUUUUCCUUGAAAGCAGCUUUUGAGUGUAUAAAGUCGAGAAAGACGAGCAAAUAUGAAGCUUAUCUGCGGCACGUUGCACGAGUUUGAAGCUGUAAGCAAACCGGUUUUAUGUCGAGGAGGAUGUUGAAAUAAACCUGCAAAUAUUGGCGAUCAACCAUACACUGUUCAUAUAUAUAUAUAUAUAAUCAUCAGCCAUUGACUUUAGUAACGGUAAAUCCAUGAGGGCAAUAUACAAAAGAAAAUAUAAUGUCAUUAAAUCUAUUUACAUACUUCAUAGAGUAAAUAAACCAGCCAUUAGUCUCAGUUUACUAGCGAACAGCGGUGACAUGCUUAUUUCCCAGCACCAUAUCCUGAAGGUUAUUAGUCAAAUAUGUCACAUUCAUGGGUGGGUAAGUGUUGGGUAAAGGGACAUGCCAAACAAGCACUCGUACAAUACCAUACUUAGAAAGGAGUGACUACACUGUGACUCUAAUGUGUGUUGUUAUUGUUUUUUUUUUUUGUCUGUACCCGUCACAUAAAGUCUCAUUUAAAAAAAAACAAAAAAACAGUGAGUUCGGAAAGUAAAAGGCAUGACCUAUUUUCACCCGGACUCUGUUGGUGAAUAUUCACACCUUUGUAUUAGCUUUGAUCCCCUUUGUGCCACUUUGACACCAACAAACCCUGCAAACAUGUGACCCCCAAAUCACCCAGAGUUUGAAGUUCCUCUCCCUGUGGCUGUAUGAUAGAUGUCUCACUUUGACCCGCCGGGCCUGGAAAUCUAUUCCUGGUCAGGGUGAAGGUAACCUCGGGGCAGGUUUCUCCUCUGGUGUGUGAAAAGGUGGCAGCACUAUCAGAAAUGAAGGCUGAGCAGCCAGAAAGCCUCACAUGAUGCAAAUGUAGCCCUUAGGUGGUAACUGGCAGUCUGCUGCACAUCAGGAGAAGAUUUCCUUUGUAGGGGAAUUUGGAUAUUUGCUUUCUGGGUCGGUGGAAACAGGUUCAGAUGCCGAUUUUACGCUGAUGCUGCUUUCAUGUCAUGUGGGAAAGAUGAUCAAGCUGCUGUUAGUCUUGACAGUUUCAGUUGGCCUAUAAACAGAUUAAUCCUGGUUGAAACUUGAGCGUGGUCAGAGUAAAUAUUAUCCUGUAAGUUUGUAAUAAAUGUCUGAAGUGGCCUGAUACGGUUGCUUUAGAUCAGUGGUUCUCAAGUCCAGUCCUCGAGGCCCGCUGUCCUGCACAACACACCUGAUUCAAAUGAUGAGCUCGUUAGUAAGCCAUUACAGAGCUUGAUAACGAGCUGAUCAUUUGAAUCAGGUGUGUUGGAGCAGGGAAACAUCCAAAACAUGCAGGACAGUGGGCCUCGAGGACUGGACUUGACAGCCACUGCUUUAGAUGAUAGCAGAAACAAAUUUGUCUUUCAAGCUCGUACUUGAAUGCAUGUAGAGGGCAAGAUAACCCUGAAUAGAUAAAGGUGAGUAAGGCCAGAACUCUUUAAUAGGCUUCAAGAAUCAAAACAAUGAGCUGAAAGAUGCUCAAAAGGAGCUGUGUGAAACCAGAUGAUCUUUCUCUGUCGUCCUGAAACUGCUGAAUCCUCUCAAACAACUCUAACUACAAAGAUGUGCAUUGAAGCUGCUCUUUCCUGCGUCACAUGAAAGCAGCAUCAGAUGCAGAAUGCCAGUUUAGCUUGUUGAGCCUUUCACACCUGCGGUUUGUUGAUCCUGGAUGUUCAUGUCCUUAAUUUCACAUUCUACUGAACAGCUUUGAUUCAUAAAUAAACCCCUGAAAACAGGCUUGAUCAUCCGUCUCUAAUAGUAUAUCUUUGUUAUAAAAAAAGGAGAAAAAAGUAAGUAAAACCAACAAAAAGUCUGAAUAUAUAUAACCAUAAUUUACUACUCUAAUGAUAUAUAAUUUAAAAAAGUAACCACAGGCUUCCGCAUUUAUGAUAACUCUGCUUUAGUAUUGAAAAUAGACUCCACUAAUUCCAGUUAUUUCUGAAAUACUUAAAGAUUUUGUCAUUGACGGUGAAUGUAAAAGAAUAAAAUUAAGUGUUUUGUAAGAUAUAGUUGCUGCCUGUAAUCUUAAUAAUCCAUAAUUAUACAUAAAACUUGUAAAAUGUGAAUAACUGCUCUUCUAGGUCCCUGAUUGAAUGUUUGAGAUGAUCUGACACCGUGUGGAUUUAAAGUCAGAGAUUAAAGGUACCAAAACACA